CUAGAAUGUUGUAAACACUGACACUGUUCUGUGAGUUAGAAUGUUUUAAACACUGACACUGUUCUGUGAGUUAGAAUGUUGUAAACACUGACAGUGUUCUGUGAGUUAGAAUGUUGUAAACACUGACACUGUUCUAGGAUGUGGAGGUGACACGAGCCGUGAAGGAAGCUUUGGCAGGCAGCAGGGGACGAGCACACCGUGGGCGUAUGGGCGUGCGGGUGGAAGAAUUACGACGUGGGCGCUACCUCAAGACGGGCGGCGGGGAUGAGAAGACCCCCAAGACCACAAGGAUGAAAGCAAAAGUCACCUCCUCUAAGACCCUUCCGCUGCUGCUGCUCUACAGCAGCGAUUCUGCUAUCCUCGACCUGUCUGCCCUGGGCCUGGCUGCUCUCAACCUCUCCCGCCCGCACCCACGCCCACGGCCACACCACGCCCGCGCCAGGAACACCCACAGAAAGUCCUCCUCCCACCACAAGGCGUCUUCAACCCACUACAGUCGCUAUGCUCGCCAGAUUUCUUCCACUAAUUCAACAGAGCUGGUGCGGGAGCGAAGAUCCCUGGAGGACCCGUGGGAGGACGUGGAGAUGGUAGAGGGUGGCAUGGGCGUGGGGAACGCCCACACCCACGCCCUUCUCACCAACGAGCUGCCACUCCCUCACGAACACCAUCCCUUCACGCCUCUCCUACCUCAGGAGGAGGAAGCUGCCCGGGAGGAGCGUCGUCGUCAGCGACGUCUGCAGCGUCAGCAGCGUCGUCGUCGCCGGGGUCGUCGUCGGGGCAAGAAGGACGACCUCAUCCCGCUGCCCAAGAACUACUCCAAGACCAAGUGGGGCGAGGACACCCUUGGAGCAUCUACUAACAUCGUAGAAUCACUAUCACAUCAAAAUGUAAAGGUCCAAAGACUGACAAUCAGACUAGUCCUUGAGAUCAGAGAUUAA